AUGUCUGCCGAGAUAAGAAACACCCUGAUCAUUGAUUUUGAAGACAUCAAACACAGUUCUUACUAUGAAUGCAUUUAUCAGCAUGUCAUAGAGUCUGGCCUGAAAGGCUUUCUCAAGGGUUCGGACCUCAUCCUCGUGGAGGAGGUGUGCGAAUUCUAUAACAACGGUCAUGUUUUGGAUGAUGGCAGUAUUCGCACCAUCAUCGACGAAAUUGCAUCUCCGGCUCAGGAGGGAAAUAUUGAAGAACAGGAACCCUCCGUUUCCGCAGGAGGCAAGACAGCUCCAGAAGGACCUACUCCGAUAAACAAAGGCAAAGGCAUUCUUUUUGAAGAAACAACGGAAACCGGAACGGGCACGUUGCAAAUCGACCCUCAAACUGAAGCCAUAACCGGAGACGAGUUUCCAUACACCAUAGAGCAAGAAAAUGAGCUAUUUGAGGAAUUUAUUCAAGACAUGAACAAAGGUGCAAGUGAUGCGCUAGCUCCAUACAUCCGCUUCAAGGAGAUUAUUAUAUCCAUGAAACCAAUGAGGGGAAAAUAUGCAUUUUGGGAAUUCUUUUUUCAAUUCAUGUUUCAUUCUUGCGUAUUUGCUCAAUCAAUCAAAUUUCCUUCCCCGGUUGAAUCAAUUUAUGCGCUUGGUAACGCGUUUUCAGACACUGGGAACAUCAUUAGGCUUAAUCCUAAUGCACUCUCUGCACGUUUACCUUACGGUCAAACAAUUGGCAAAGCGACGGGUCGGUUGAGCGAUGGCCUUCUCAUUAUAGACUAUAUCGCUAAAGCUCUUCAAUUGCCGUUGACGCCUCCAAGUUUGGAUACGACAGCUUCGUUCGAUAAAGGUGCUAGUUUUGCAGUAGAUGGAGGGACGGCUUUGAAUAAUUCUUUCUUUGCAGAAAGAGGAAUCCAACUAAUCGUGCCCCAAACAAUUCCUCUCCAUCAACAACUUGAAUGGUUUGAAACAAACCUCAACAAUAUUUGUGCCACCAAAGAAACGGAUUGUGUCAAAAAUAGACUGCAAAAGUCGGUGAUUUUUGUGAGUGUGAUGGGAGAUGACGACUUUAAUAAUGCAUUCGUGUCGGGGAAAUCAAUUUCGGAAGUUCGGACCUAUGUGCCCCUUAUAAUCCGUUCCAUUAUUGACGUCGUUAAAGAGAUUAUAGAACUGGGAGGGAAGAGAGUUGUGGUUCCGGGGAACAUUCCCAUAGGAUGCCGUCCAGCCUAUCUUACUCUGUUCUCCAAUGGGACUAACAAUACAAAUGGCUAUGAUCUGUUUGGAUGCUUGCGUAGUUUCAAUGUGUUAGUGGAGUUAUACAACCAGGAUCUCCAAACAGCCCUUAUCUCUCUUCAACAAGAAUUCCCUCAGGCUACAAUACUUUAUGCAGACUUUUACAAUGCUUUUCGUUCUCUCCUUCUAGGAGCUCCACUUUUGGGUUUCAAAAGAGAAACAUUGGUGAAGGCAUGUUGUGGCAUGGGAGGGAAAUACAAUUUCGACCUAAACAGAAUGUGUGGCUCAAUUGGUACAACGGUUUGCCCUAAUCCAUCAACCUACAUAAGUUGGGACGGAGUUCACCUUACUCAAGAAGCGUAUCGUCGCAUCUCACAAAUAAUCAUUCCUAACCUUUUACUUAAUCUUUAA